GUUAUAGUUUAUAUACUACGUGUACAUAGUUUUUAGAAACGUAGAAAAUUUUGCAUUUUUAGAGCAGCGCAGCUCCGCAGCCGUACAUCUACCAUGGCUUCCGAAAACAACACAUCUGACGGCGAAACUGCCAUGGCUGGUCAACGUAACAACAACAGUAGCAACGGAAGCAGCGCCCAGCAACAGACAGUGGACAGGGAAAGCGGGGAGACGGAAGCCAAAAUCCCGAAGACAAGCUGCGAGGAGAACAGUCAAAACGGGGCAUCCGCACCCCAAGAGGAUGGUGAUGCCGACACCACAGUGGCCGCCAAGCAGCAGUCUUCGCAAGAGGAGGAUGGCAAGGAGGCUGAGGAGGAGGCAAACGCCGUGCCCCUGGUGGUGAUGUACAACAAGCGGCGGUACGACGUGCGGGUGUCGCUCUCUGCCAAGAUGGCCAAGCUCAAGGAGGAAAUACAGAAGCUCACCGGAGUCCCGCCGGCAAUGCAGAAGCUGAUCUACAAAGGGGCACCCAAGCCGGACGACGGCAAGAGCCUGCUGGAGUUGAAUCUGUCGGCGAACGCCAAGCUCAUGCUAGUCGGCUCCACGUUGGACGACGUACUCAACCUCGAAGUCCCCACACCCGAGCAGCUCAAGGACGACACACCUCAAGUCACAAAAGAGCCAAUCUGCAAACAGAAAUUGCACCAGAAAGUAGUCGAAAAAGGAGUUCCCGAAGAUGCCAUCCCAGGAAUCCGCAACGUCAAAGACUCACUGCCAGCAGUGCCGCUUUCGGGGAUGCUAAAUAAAUCGGGAGGCAAAGUACGACUCACCUUCAAGCUCGAGCUUGACCAAGUCUGGAUAGGCACGAAAGAAAGGACAGAAAAAAUUAACAUGAGCUCUAUCAAGCAAGUCAUUAGCGAGGCUAUAGAGGGUCAUGAAGAGUACCAUAUAAUGGCCCUUCAGCUUGGGACGACGGAAGCCUCCCGCUACUGGAUCUACUGGGUUCCCGCGCAGUACGUGGAUGCCAUCAAAGAAACCAUCCUAGGCAAAUAACAUUACUCAAAGAAUUGAAUGGAGUUUGGGCGUGGGAGAAAGGGGCAGAAGAAGACAACAAAAAGCAGCCAUAAAGAAAAUGGAGGCGAAAAGUUGCCAUGCUCUCUCUCCCACCCCCCUCGUCCUUAUGUUCAUGUUCUUCUGUGUGGAUGACGUUUGAGAGUGAAAGAAAACUCUUUUUCGACGAGCAUUGUAUUUUUGCAAUUUUACACUCGGGGUGUCCCUUCCCUCUCUCUUGUCCCCCGUUGUAUGAGUGACGCCGAGGCACGGGCGUUCCCAAUGUUGCGUGGUGCGAGAAAAUAAAAGAAUUGUGGCAGUGAA